AUGGUUGAAACGCUGUGUUCGUGUUAAGAAAACGUGACCACGAAGAACGUCGUGUGGCGAUCGUGAUCAGGGGAACGAGUGUUAUACAUGAUAUUGCAUUACAUAUUGACGUAGAUUAAGGCUGUCGCGCAACGGCAUGCAGUUGUCGAGGUAAAUCGGUCGCAGUAACACGGAUACGAGAUUUUUCACGGUAACAGGAGGUAUCCGGGUGCCGGUACAUAUCAAUAUACGCGAGCACGAAGGAUUGGUUACUGAAAAAAUGGCGGCGGAAAUGCUAAGCAAGAAUCGAAUGAUGGUUUUUAAGAACAAAGGCAAAGAUCAAGAAGAAAUGAGAAGAAGAAGAAAUGAGGUGACUGUGGAACUACGCAAGAACAAGCGUAAUGAAACUUUACAGAAACGAAGAAAUGUGCCUACUACAGAUUUAACAGACGAGGAGGAAGUUGAUAAGCAUUUAUCAAUAAUCAAUUUGAAAGAACUAGUAAUGAAUGCUGCUAGUUCUGACCCGGCUGUUCAAUUACAGGCUGUACAGUCGGCGAGAAGGUUACUGUCUUCGGAUCGUAAUCCACCGAUUGAUCGGUUAAUCGAUAGUGGCAUUUUACCGAUCUUAGUCCUUUGUCUUCAACAGCAUGAUUAUCCGUCUCUACAGUUUGAAGCGGCAUGGGCUUUAACAAAUAUCGCGAGUGGAACAUCACCUCAGACACAAGCGGUUGUAGCUGCCGGUGCAGUUCCACAUUUUCUGCAUUUGUUACUUUCGAGCCAGCAUAAUGUUUGCGAACAAGCUGUAUGGGCUUUAGGAAAUAUUAUUGGAGACGGUCCAUCAUCUAGAGAUUACGUUAUUAGUCUUGGUGUUGUACCGCCAUUGUUAACGUUUAUUAAGCCGGAUAUACCAAUUAGUUUUUUACGUAAUGUAACAUGGGUAAUCGUGAAUUUAUGUAGGAAUAAAGAUCCACCACCACCUAUUCAAACUAUUAAGGAUAUUUUGCCUGCUCUUAAUGUACUCAUUCAUCACACAGAUAUUAAUGUCCUUGUUGACACAGUUUGGGCAUUGAGUUACUUGACUGACGGUGGUAACGAACAAAUUCAACUGGUUAUAGACAGCGGCGUGGUACCUCGUCUUAUACCGCUUUUAUCGCACAAAGAAGUCAAAGUGCAAACGGCUGCUUUAAGGGCAGUAGGUAACAUUGUAACAGGUACAGACGAACAGACGCAGAGUGUAUUAAACUGCGACGCGCUUUCAUAUUUCCCCAAUUUACUGACUCAUCCGAGAGAGAAAAUUUGUAAAGAAGCAGUCUGGUUCCUUUCAAAUAUAACUGCUGGUAAUCAGUCUCAAGUUCAGGCUGUUAUAGAUGCUGGAUUACUGCCUCUUAUCAUUCGCAAUCUAGCAAAUGGUGAAUUCCAAACGCAAAAAGAAGCAGCAUGGGCAAUCAGUAAUUUAACAAUAAGUGGCAAUAGAGACCAAGUAGCACGGAUGAUACAAGAGGGUGUGAUUCCACCUUUCUGUAAUCUUCUUUCCUGCAAAGAUACUCAGGUUGUACAGGUUGUCUUAGACGGUAUACAUAGUAUGCUCAAAUUUGCUGGACCACAAGUUGAACAAUUGGCCAAUAUGAUCGAAGAAUGUUCAGGUCUGGAUAAAAUUGAGGCAUUGCAAAAUCACGAAAAUGUAGACAUUUAUAAACUAGCCUUUGAUAUUAUCGAGCAAUACUUCUCUGAAGACCCGGAUGACACGAAUUUGGAGCCACCGGUUGUAGAAUCAACAUUUGAAUUCGACCAGACGACGACCAUUCCGAGCGAAGGUUUUAAAUUCUGAGAGGGCCUCCAUUAUUUCUUAUCCGAUCGUGCCGUCCCCCGACAAACUCCACUACGGAGCCAUUUUGCUUACCCGUUUCUAUUUUUGUGUCUUAUUCUUGCUCCAACGACAAUAUGUGGCAGCUUCGACGUGCCACUGCUGAAUUAAAAAUAAUCUUUUCGUUUGUUAAUUCCAAAGGUGUAAAACCGUGGCUGGUUGGUAUCUUGCCCAAAAAGUAAAGGGGAAGCGAGGGCAGACAACUUAAUAACGGAGCAAAAGGGAGGUUCUUAAUGAAAUAAGAAUCUGUUUUUCUUUUAUUUCCGAUUCUUUUAAAGAUGUAUGUUACCUUUUUCUUUCUCUUUUCCACACUGCACACAUUUAUAAAUAAACCGAUUGGCGGAACGAAACUUAACUGAAUGCAGCUAGCGAUAUGCAAUGUACCGAAUAAAUUAUUCUAGUUAAAUUAAUUAACUUGCUCUCUACAUUGAAGAGCAAACAAAAUAAGAAAAAGACCUUUUUAUCGUUUGAUUACGCUGCUCUCCAUUCUAACUUGAGAUGAGUUUUGGUUAGCGAUGUUACAUUUAUAAAACAAUCAUGUAUAUUUUAGGCAUGUUAAAUUUAUAAUAAUAUUGAUUACUAAAUAAAUGAA